UUUUUCCCUGCCCCCUCCUUGCCAGGGUUCUGCAGUGCUCCAGGCAGCGAGUUUUGAAGCAGGAUGGGAAAAAGACGCUGUGUUCCUCCACUUGAGCCCAAGCUGGCAGCUGGCUGUUGUGGGGUAAAGAAGCCCAAAUUGUCUGGGAGUGGAACGCACAGUCAUGGGAAUCAGGCCACAACUGUACCAGGCUCCAGUUCAGGUCCUCUUCAGAACCACCAGCAUACAGACGGGAAUAAUGGAAGGGAGAACGUAUCUGACUUGACUUUGGGCCCAGGAAAUUCCCCAAUUACUCGAAUGAAUCCCACUUCAGGAGCUCUGAGCCCACUUACUCGGCCCAAUGGAACUGCCAACAGCACCAAGAACCUGGUGGUGACAGCGGAGAUGUGCUGCUACUGCUUUGAUGUACUCUACUGUCAUCUCUAUGGUUUUCCUCAGCCACGACUUCCUCGAUUUACCAAUGACCCCUAUCCACUCUUUGUGACGUGGAAGACGGGGCGAGACAAGCGGCUUCGUGGCUGCAUCGGGACCUUUUCAGCCAUGAAUCUUCACUCAGGACUCAGGGAAUACACAUUAACCAGUGCACUUAAGGACAGCCGAUUUCCCCCCCUGACCCGCGAGGAGCUGCCCAAACUCUUCUGCUCUGUCUCCCUCCUCACUAACUUUGAGGAUGCCAGUGACUACCUGGACUGGGAGGUUGGGAUCCAUGGGAUCAGAAUAGAGUUCAUCAAUGAGAAAGGUGUCAAACGCACAGCCACGUAUUUACCUGAGGUUGCUAAGGAACAAGACUGGGAUCAGAUCCAGACCAUAGACUCCUUACUCAGGAAAGGUGGCUUUAAGGCUCCGAUUACCAAUGAUUUUAGGAAAACAAUUAAACUCACCAGGUACCGCAGUGAGAAGGUGACAAUCAGUUAUGCAGAAUACAUGGCUUCCCGUCAGCAUUGUUUCCAGAAUGGCACUCUUCAUGCCCCCCCCCUCUACAAUCAUUACUCCUGACACACGGCUGCAUGACCAGUCCCACUCCCCAGUUGCUGCCAAUGGCUACGACAUCAUUGGGGCAGAUGCCUCCUCUUCCUGGUCCAGUUACUUCUAUUACUGCACCAUUUUAUGAUGCUAGCUUCCGUUGCCAAGUCUGCCUUCCAGCUGACCUGGGGGGAGAAUGAGAGCAUGACAGAACUUCAGGGGCCCAAGCCUUAUCUCAGCCUUCCCUCCGAACAGGGGGUUCAGUUGGAUUGGGGCUCCAUGCCUACGAACUGUUGUGAGGUGCAGAAGACCUCUAGGAGUGAAAAGUGCCACUUCGGACUGAUCCGCUCUUGUGUGUUACCGACACUCCGGAAACUUGAGUUGUUCGUUAUGGAAGCCCCCCAGAUCAAGUAGGAGCAUUCCCCUGGCAGCCUGGGCAACGGAGUCCAACAAAACAUUUUUUAGGUUCUUUUUAAUUUUUUUUAACCUCUGGUAUCUGUUGUGUACCAAGAGCUGAUUGCAGUCCCCACACAUCACAGGUGGACAUUAUGAUAUUGGGGAGGGUUGAAUAUCUGGAUAGCACCCCAUCCUCAUGGACAGAAAACACUUAAAGAUGUGAAAAACCUUUGGAUGGUAUUGCAGAUGAAUCCAUUAUUUAAAUAAACCCUAGAAGGCUUUAAUUAUCAGAUCCCACUGUAGGUUGGAUUCUCUAGAAAUCCUCUUGGUUUACAGUUUUCUGGGUUUUUAGACAGUGCUUUGUAAUGUAGCCUGCUAUGAAAUAGAAUGCUGUUAUGCCUGUAAGAGAGCAACAUGGCACAUGCUGUGUACGCGAAGGACAAGGUACGUGAGUGUCCCUGGACAGUCUUCUCUGUUACGACCAAGUUUUGUGUCCAAAUAUUUGUAACAGAGCCUGAUUGGAUUAGGGAUGGGGAGGGAUUUGCAGGGCAUUGACUGUAGUCAUACAAGUGAGACUAGUGACUGAAAUUUGUUUAACUUAAGCUAACAGUCUCGGGGACCUUCCUUUUGAUAGGACAGCCACUUUCUCUGGUGUGACUAUUGAUCUUGAGAACUGUGAGUAUUUCAGUUUAUAGCAGGCCUACGGAAUAGAGCUAUGUAGUUUCACUGGUAAGUUAUUAUCUUACGCAGUUUAGUCAUUACCACAUCAAGGUAAUGAGUGGGGAAACCUCUAUUACCCAAACUGUGUGAAACUCAUGUGCAUUCUGUAUUUCUUCUCCCAUCAUUGAUGAUUACAAGAAAUACUCUCUUGUAAGAGGAAGAUAAGUUAUCCAGUUGUUAUUCUGCAGCGUCAUUGAGGGAUGUCAUAAACUCUAAAUUAUGACACUCGAUGAAGUCACUGAACUUCAAAAUAGAAUUUUCGGGUUUUGUUUUGUUUUCCAAGUUUCUGGAGGCUCAACAAUGAUCAGGAAAGAAAAUACAAGUGCAUAGCAGAGUAAUGGCUAUUUGGUUGCAUAUAUCUUUAAAGCUCGCUUGUGUGUGGUAAUGAUGGCUUUUAAAAUUGGCUGGUGUUUCAAGCCUGAAAUUCUCUCCUGGCAUGGCAGGGAAUAGGGCUGGUAGAAAGCUCAGAACUGCAUGCUGCUGCUCCUUCUGGUCCUAGAGAAGAAAACAGAAUUGUGCAGUUUUGCUUCAUGUUGGUGUAACAUCCUCCUGCUGGAGGAGAGAGACGUGAGGGAAAGGAGGGGGUCCUAUUCUGAAUAACGGUGCAAUAUCGACCCAGCUUUUCUCCUGUACUGGGUCAUUCUUAUCAAUUGCCACUCUUCCCUUGUGAUGUUGUUGAAAAGCAAUUGAAGAUUAAGGGAUUGUUUCAUGAUUUCCUGCUGCUGAGAAUAAAUUGGUCUUGUUACAAACUCGAGUGGUUUGUAAUUACUCUCCCAGGUGCCAUGUAGUGAUGGGGGAGGGUGGGGUCAGCUCUGGACAUACCAUUCACCUUUCAGCUGUCAAACAGUAUGAUACAUAGGGCUACACUCAUUACUGUUCAAGUGUUCUAUGUUAGAAUUUAAUUUCUAAAAGGUUUAAAAAAAGCAAAAAAAUGGUGCUAAAACUUCACCCCUGAGCACGCUCAGUGAGACUGGUCAUGCAGGCAUAUAGUGCCAGGCUUUUCAACAAUAUUGUUUCUUUUUCAAAUGUUUGCCCUGUUCUGUGUCUUCAACAGUGUAUAGUGUUUUCCUGAUUUCAUUUUAUUUGA